CUAUGUUUAUAAAAGUAAAUUUAUUUCUAAGUCUUACAUGUAAGGGGGCUUAAUUUGUACCUUUAAAAAAAUUAUAUGCAUAUACUUUUGUUGGGAUAAUUAAUGGCAAGUUCAUAUUAUUUGAAGUUUUUUAUCGGGUGUCUAUAAUUAUUUUGCUGGGCGUAAUUUGAUCUAUUGGACCCUUGGAUGUUAUUUUUAAUUUUUGUUUGUUAAAUCGCCGGUCUGUUGGCCAUGUUCUGCAAUUCUAGACUUCUCGUCUAGACGAGUUAUGUAUCUGCCUCGCUGGUCUCUCCCACAAACGGUCUGGAUCGUGAAACCGAAUGACUGAAAUGAGUCAUCGUGUGUAUCGAUAGUACCAUGAAGCGUAAUACCUACUCUUCAAUCCUCAACUUCAGCUAUCCUCAAUCCUCAUUCAUUUCUUUUAACCCGUAAUAGAAGGUUACAACUUUGAUAUCGACCCCAAAUUCGUUGUAUUCUUACCAGUAUUUGUAUAUUAUUUUAUUUUUGUUGAAAUAUGGACGAAAUUGCGUUCAGGUUGAACACGGGGGCAUUCAAAUACGCAAAGGUGAAUUCAAUUCUGGACGACUACGAAAUUACCGACACGGUCCUCGGUUUGGGAAUCAAUGGAAAAGUCGUACAAUGUUCUCAGAAAAGCUCCGGAAUUAUCUACGCACUCAAGGUUCUUCAAGAUUCUGUAAAAGCAAGGAGAGAAGUUGAACUUCAUUGGAGAGUAAGUGGUUUUCGUCAUAUUGUCAGCAUUAUAGAUGUUUACAAGAAUACAUAUCUAGGAAAAAAAUGCCUUCUAGUUGUAAUGGAAUGCAUGCAAGGUGGAGAACUGUUUCAAAGGAUCCAAGAACGGCCACAUGGAGCAUUUACAGAAAGAGAGGCUGCUCAAAUAAUGCAAGAAAUUUGUUCAGCUGUAAAAUACUUACAUGAUAUGGAUAUUGCUCAUAGAGAUCUUAAACCUGAAAAUCUUCUGUACACACUCCCAGAUGAGACUGGUGUUUUAAAAUUGACUGAUUUCGGCUUUGCAAAAGAAGUCUGUACAAGCGACAAACUGCAGACACCCUGUUACACACCAUACUACGUUGCUCCAGAAGUUCUUGGCCCUGAAAAAUAUGAUAAAAGUUGUGAUAUAUGGUCGCUUGGAGUGAUUAUGUACAUUUUGUUGUGCGGCUUUCCACCUUUCUUUAGUAAUCACGGCCAAGCAAUAUCACCUGGCAUGAAAAGGCGAAUAAGAACUGGUCAGUAUGAAUUCCCAAGCCCUGAAUGGGACAGUGUCUCACAGGAUGCUAAAGAUCUUAUUCGUGGUAUGCUAUGUGUCAAUCCUGAUGAUCGACUUUUUAUAGACCAAGUUAUGUCGAAUGAAUGGAUAGCAAAAUAUACCGAAGUUCCCGAGACUCCACUAUAUACUGGUCAAAUGUUGAAAGAAAGUGAGGAGGUCUGGCCAGAGGUUCAAGAAGAAAUGAUGAGAUCGCUAGCUACAAUGAGAGUCGAUUAUGAUCACGUUAGGAUAAAAACUCUUCAAAAUUCGAACAAUCCUUUAUUGGAUAAACGCAGGAAAAGGACGCUUAAUUUAUUAGAUGGUACAAGCAAAUAGAAAAGAAAUUGUAAUCCUUUUCUCAUCACAUUAUUAAAAUCACUAUAGUUAACAUAUUGUACUUAGAAGGUUAAUUUUGUUAAGGUUGUUAACUUUAUAACUUUAAAACAUCACAUUAAUCAUUUUAUGUUUUAUCUUGAUGGUUUAACAUCAUGUCUUUAAAAAGUAUUAUUUAAGCUGAUAUUACUUUCUGGUAUUAAGAAUGUUUUAAUAUUUAUGGAACAUACGAAGUACACCAAUGUUUCUAUAAAUGGUGGUUGGUUAUAUUUUUAUAACGUAACGGAAGUAUUCAUACAGCAGUAGCCAUAUCAUACUUGUAAGUAUUAAUGUAAUUUUCUGUGAUUGGAUUUCUAUCAUUGAAACGACAAUAUAGAUUUGCAUGAUGAUGAAAUGCAAUGUCAGAAACACUUGUCAAUUCUGAUUUAGGUAAAUUGUAACUAAUAAGCCAAGGUAUUAUUAAUAUAUUUUUAUGUACACUCAAUUAAUGAGAAACUAGUCUGAAAUCCGUUUACCAAAUACUUUUAAAAUAUUCUUAAUAGAAUGAAAUGAACGCAUUAAAUCAAUUUUUGAUGGUUUUUAGGAUGUUACAAUGUUUUUAUAUAUAGGUAUUACAAUUAUUACAAUGAUAGUUUUACUAUAGUAUUAUUGUGUGUUUGUAUAACUCCUAAAAUUGGCCUAAUUAAGUUAUCAUUAAUUACACAGUUUUUAUACUAUAAUUGAAUCAAUAAUAAAUAUAGAAUUUUACAGUAGGUGAACAUUUAAGUUUAAAUUUUCAGUUUUUGAAAUGUACAGAAUGUAGUUUAAUUGGUUAACGGGUAAUCACAAUUUAUAUGUUACAUUUAAGAUAUUGUUUCUAUAAACUAUCAUUGUUUUAUUUUAGUUUGGACAAAAUUAUCUAUAAUUAGUAUAUUAUUAAAAAUACUAUUCUUCACUUGAACAAAAAAUUAUGGCUUUAUAUUCUUUGAUAUAGUACUACGCUACUACUAUGUAUUAGUGCCUACUCUUACCUUUAAUGACCAGAAUAUUUUUGUAUGGUAAUAGAACAUCUCUUAACUGGUCAGGAUCUCGGAUCUCGGUCCCUUGUUAAUAUGAGGUUCCCAUUAAAAAUCAAUUUUUGUUCAAAAAAUAACCUACAUAUUUAUUUUAUCAGAUAUCAUGAAUAAACAAGCAUAUAUAUGGGUCGAAGACCUUCCACGAACUACAACCAGCUCUGUGCGACUUCCCAUUGAAAUUCCCACCCACACCAUCACUGAGCUACGUUGAAAAGGCUGGCUCUGGCAAAAAUUACAGGCUUUGAUCCUUUCAUUUCGCCUUCCCCUUACUCUUUCACUCCCAUCAGAUCGUAGAGCAGUCAUCCUGUGGUUCUAUUACCCUAGAGUGUCCAGAACAGGGACUUCUACGGUAAGACCCAGUUUCUCGAAAACGUGUCGCAGUGUUUCGUAGGGAACACCGAUGGCAAUAGCCGCAUACCUGAUGGAAUGUCCAUAAGUGGUACACCACACGCAACAUCCUCAGCACUAAGUGGCAUUUUUAAGUUUAAAAAUUGAAAUUAAGAAAACAAAGAUAAAAAUUAAACA